AUGGCGUCGAGCACCACGUUACCGAUUGAUUUGAGAGGUAAGAAGGCGUUCAUUGCCGGCGUGGCGGACGACAACGGUUUUGGAUGGGCCAUCGCCAAGGCGUUGAGUCAAGCCGGGGCGGACGUUAUCCUCGGCACGUGGGUGCCGGCGUUGAAUAUCUUCGAGACUUCGUACAGAAGAGGUAAGUUCGACGAGUCGAGAAAGUUAUCGGAUGGCAGUUUGAUGGAAUUCGCGAAGAUUUACCCCAUGGACGCGGUUUUUGACACCAUGGAUGACGUUCCGGAAGAUGUGAAGGCGAACAAGCGAUACGCAGGUAACGAAAAGUGGACCGUGAGCGAAGUCGCCGAAUGCGUGGAGAAGGAUUUUGGUAAGAUUGAUAUUUUGGUCCACUCGUUGGCGAACGGCAGAGAAGUGGCAAAACCGUUGUUGGAGACGUCGAGAGAAGGUUAUUUGGGGGCGAUUUCCGCGAGUUCGUACUCGAACAUUGCGAUGUUGCAAAAGUUUGGUCCGUUGAUGAACAAAGGCGGCGCGUGCAUUUCUUUGACGUAUUUGGCGAGUGAAAGAAUCAUCCCAGGGUAUGGGGGUGGUAUGUCUUCCGCCAAAGCGGCUUUGGAGUCUGACACGAGAGUGUUGGCGUUCGAAGCUGGGAGAAAGUGGGGCAUUCGCGUGAACACCAUCAGCGCCGGUCCGUUGGGCUCGAGAGCCGCUAAAGCCAUCGGUUUCAUCGACGAUAUGAUCAACUACUCCAUGACGAACGCGCCGUUGAGCGAAAAGCCGUUGGAUGCCAUCGAGGUUGGACACACGGCCGCGUUCUUGUGCUCGCCGUUAGCCUCGGCGAUUACUGGGAGCACCAUAUACGUCGACAAUGGUUUGAACUGCAUGGGCGUAGCGACGGAUUCCAAGUCCAUCCCGGAUCGAUCCUAA